UCCCGGGGGAAUCCUCCCAUCCCAGAGCCAAAUCCCCCUGGCCGAGGGGGAGGAGAACAGCUCGACACAGCCACGCUCUCCAGACCUGCUCCAAGGACAAACCCCUGGCAGCAGCACCAUGGUGUGGGCAGCCCCAGCCCUGGCAGCCGUCACCCUCUGCCUCCGUGUCUCCACAGACCCGGUGAAAGCCACAGCGGCUGCCCUGAUUGUUGGAGCCGUCCUGUCCAACGCUGAGCAUCCCCACCUCGAGGCGCUGGUGUGUGACCUGGAGCCCGGCACCAUCCCGGCCUCGCAUCCCAACAUCCUGGAGAAGCUGAAGCUCUGCCCGGCGCUGACAGGGGUACAGCAGGACGCCCUCAAUGCCCUGCUCCUCUCGGGGGACACCGCGUACGGGGAUCCUUCAAGCUGGGAUUUACAGACUCUGCAAGAUUUGGGGCCUCUCGUGCUGGCGUUGAACCAGACCACGCUGAGUUUGGUGGCCGAGGCAGCUCGGGAGGGUUUCAGGAGGAGCAUCGCUGCCGCCUACAUCAGCCAGGGACGUUCCCAGCGGGAGAAAUCCCUGAUGCUCCUCAGGGCGCUCGCAGCAGCCUCGGCCGCCUCCCAGCCCCGGCUGCAGCGCAGCGCCGACCGCUGCCAGUCCAAGCCCAUCACUGCCAGCAACAUCGAGGAUAUAAUCUUACUCUUCUUGCCUGAUUACUUCAACCAGCUCGACCUUGACCAGCUCGACCUGUGCCUGAGCAAUGAUGUGUUAGUAGACAACCUGGAGGUUGUGCUGGAGCUGCCACUCACCACAGAGGCUAACUUGGUCCUGAAAAAAAAGGUGGAUGAGUUUUUCAAGGGGUCAGGGAUCCCGGAGGAGAAGCUGAGGCACCUGGGGACGCUGUCCCGCCUGUACACAGAGCAGGAGAUCAGCCAGUGGCAGGUGACAUCCAGUGACACCCUCUCAGCCCUGCUCAGCGACUCAGGAGGAAAGUGGAAUGAUUCCCAGGUGCAGCAGCUGCUCAGCAGGUACCUGGCCCUGGGGGGCUCCUUGACGGGGCCCCUGCUCCAGGAAAUCGGAGGCAGGCGCCUGUGCAACCUGCAGGAAGAGCAGAUCCAGCAGAUCCCUGCUGCAGCCAUCGGGACUGCUGGGCAGUUGGACAUCUCUUCAUGCUCCCAAUCCAAGAAGGAUCAGCUCUACAGGAAGGCCCGGGAGGCCUUUGCCAGCCUGGCCAGCACCCCUGGCUCCUAUUAUUGCCAGAUCAAGCCGUACCUGGGUGGAGCUCCAGCAGAAGAUCUGAAGAAUUUGGCUAAUGCUGGUGUGGCCAUAAACAUGGAUCUGGGCACCUUCCUCGCCCUAAAUCCUGAGGAACUGCAGAAACUCAGCGUCAUCGACGUGAAACAUUUGCUGGGGGAAAACCUCUCUGAGCUGAAGGAGCACGAGCACGAGCCCUUGGUGGUGAGCUGGGUGCAGCAGCAAUCCCAGCAGGAGCUGGACUGCGUGCUGAACAUCGGCCUGCAGGGAGGGCGGCCCGAGCCCACGGGGACAGCCAGCCCUGCCGCCACCUCCACAGCCACUGUCACCAGCCCUGCGCCCACCACCCCGGCCAGUGUCACCUCCACGGCCGCUGUCACCAGCCCUGCGCCCACCACCCCGGCCGGUGUCACCUCCACGGCCACUGUCACCAGCCCUGCGCCCACCACCCCGGCCGGUGUCACCUCCACGGCCGCUGUCACCAGCCCUGUGCCCACCACCCCGGCCGGUGUCACCUCCACGGCCACUGUCACCAGCGCUGUGCCCACCACCCCAGCCAGUGUCACCUCCAUGGCCACACCCCGUCCCCACCCCUCACCCCUCGGCCAGUGUCACGCUGCACCCCCCCACACACUGGGGGUCCCACUGUCCCCCCUGUCCCCACUGCCACCCCCUCUGCCCAUCCUGCUGUGA